CAUAUAUGUCUGGCCUAUUUAUGUCUGGCCCUCCCCCUGUUUUAAAUCCGCUGAACCUCCGGCUUCCGCUUGCAUUGUGAGGAGAGAGAGAGAGAGAAGCAAAAUGGGAGUAGAAAUUGAGACCAUAGCCGCUGGUGAUGGGCGAACGUUUCCUAAAAAGGGACAGACCGUCGUUGUGCACUAUGUCGGUUCACUGACAGAUGGAACAAAGUUCGACUCUUCCCGGGACAGGGGCAAACCCUUCAAAUUCAAGAUUGGGAAGCAGGAGGUUAUUCGUGGCUGGGAGGAAGGAGUUGCCCAGAUGAGUGUUGGCCAGCGGGCAAAGUUGACCUGCUCACCAGACUUUGCUUAUGGCAGCAAAGGACACCCAGGCAUAAUCCCACCCAAUGCUACCCUCAUCUUCGAUGUGGAGCUGCUUGGCCUGGAAUGAAGCUCGUGCUCUCACUUUGUCUAAUUCCACUCAGAUUUUCAGGGUUGACUCCUAUCUCGGGAACAUGGAGGAAAAAGCUAACGGAAGAUUUCUGCACUUGAUUCCUGUAAAGGACUCAUGCUAUAGCUUCACCACUUCACUCUCCUUUCCAUUUUAGAUACAAAUUGUUGUCACUUGCUUCAAUUAUUCUCUAGCUGUAUUGUAGAACCUGUAUUGUAACAAUUCAUAGGCCAUACCUUUUUAGAGAUGUCAUUUUCUUCUGUUAUGUUUUUUUUUUAUGGUGAUGUUUUUUGUAUUUUCCUUUAAUUUCGCUAGUCCUAGCUGCCACCAGGACCAGGUUUCUCACUCACACACACAAUUUUGGAUAAAGUGUCAUUACCCAAAUAUUAAAUCAAUCUCAUUCCUUUGGGUCAGGGAGUGGCCUUGCUUUAGAAAAUGUAUUGAUUGCAAUUAUGAAAAACUGAUUGAAGAGUAAAAAAAGAAAAGAAUAAAUGACUUUCCCACAUGGAUUAGUUGUAUGAGUAUAUAAAAAAAAAGUUGGCGUUUAGUCUAUAUGGUGCUUCUAGAGUUUCUCAUUUGUUGAAUAAUUGACACAAUGUUUUAAGUAUAUUGCACGUGUAUUGGCAUAUUAACCCCAUGUUCGCAGCACAGUCACGGGACAUGCCACAAUCAAUUACUAUAAUCAAAAAGUAUUUCAUAGGUAUUCUCAUUUUUCUUCAAAUUUACUGGAUGUUUACAAUGCUCCACCUGCAUCUCCCUACACAUCAAAGUGUGGCCUUCAUACCACACUUUUUUUUUCUUCUAUUCCCUUUGGAGGUUUGGAGAGGGUUUUUUCUAGACUUCAGAGGGAGUCGUCUAAUUUAUCAAACUCGCUGAUUUCCCAAAGGCAUUGUUUUAUAGCAUGCAUUAAAAAGAAAAGAGAAAUCAAGGCAACUUCCAAUGUAUUUUCAAAGGAAACAAGAUAUUCAGACCUAUUCAAAUUGUGUAUUCUACAGCUUGUGCAUUUUCAUCACAUUUCGACAUUGCUUUUCUCAUUGCUUUUGACAUCUGUAUUUAAAUGACUGAAAAUUCUACUGUUGCAGUAAUAGCACUAUAAUACAGUUAAUACAGGAUUUAACGAUAUACAAAGCAACUUAAUUUUCUUUUAAAAUUGGGGAUAAGCUACUGGAAAUAAAGAUUGGUCUCGGCUUUAUAACUGUACAGAUAAAGAUGAAAAGUGAUGUUCCAACUAAGUGGCGCCCUCACUGUAAUGUAACAUUUGGUAUUUAUGGUGACAUCAGUUCUAUUACUACCUAGUCUUUGAUUUUGACAGUCAAUUUAACCAAUGAAACCAGGGACCCCUGUAAUAAAAUAAUUAUCUUACACA